GUUCCUGGUGGAGCGCUGUGGGCGCCGCACGCUGCAGCUGCUGGGGAUCGCGGGGAUGUUGGGCUGCGCCCUCAGCCUCAGCGUCAGCCUGCGCCUGCAGGACUCCCCGGGCGCGGGCGCUGUCAGCCUGCUGGGAGUUUUCCUCUUUGUCACCUUCUUUGAGCUGGGCCCCGGCCCAAUCCCGUGGUUCCUGGCGGCCGAGCUCUUCCCGCAGGGACCCCGACCCGCAGCCGUGGCCUUGGCUGGAGCUGCCAACUGGGCGGGGAAUUUCGUGGUGGGGAUGGCCUUCCCUGGGCUGCAGGUAUGGGAUUAGGGGGGAUUAUGGUGA